AUGGUGGGUGCUAGUGGUGUAGAGCAAGGCAACAGAUUGAAGAAGAGAUUCUUUGGAUGCAGCAAAGAUGAUUUUUUCCCAGAGGAGUCAUUCAAAAGUUGGGAAAAUUACACCAGGGCAUUGCGCGAAACAAAAACACGGCUAAAAGAUCGUCUCCUGGCACGAUCAUUCGACCAAUUGGAGCUUCAAGAAGUGCUAGCUCGUAGCCAAAAUCAGAUGAAAAAGACAUUAAAUUGGUUUGAUUUACUGUGGUUUGGUGUAGGGGGAGUAAUGGGCGCUGGUGUAUUUGUCCUCACUGGACAAGCCACUAGAUAUGAUGCUGGCCCUGCUGUCCUCCUAUCUUUCCUCAUAGCAGGCAUUGCCGCUUUGCUUUCUGUCCUGUGCUACACGGAGUUCACUGUUGAACUUCCUGUUGCUGGAGGAUCAUUUGCCUAUUUAAGAGUGGAACUUGGAGACUUUAUAGCUUUCAUUGCUGCAGGAAACAUUCUUUUCGAGUAUAUUGUAGCCGGGGCUAGUGUCGCACGCUCAUGGACUUCAUAUUUUGCCACCCUGUGCAAUCAUAAUCCUAAUGAUUUCCGUAUAAAUGUCUCAUCUCUUGCUGAGGGCUACAACCAUUUAGAUCCAAUUGCAGUUGGUAUUUCUGUGAUUAUUUGUGUUGCAGCAGCUCUGAGCAUCAAAGGCUCCUCCCGGCUUAAUUCAUUGUUGACUUUAGCUCAUAUCUUGGUGAUGGUUUUCAUCCUUGUUACCGGCCUAACUAAGGCGAAUCCUGCUAAUUAUAAAGAAUUUGCACCUUUUGGUGUUCAUGGCAUUUUCACAGCAGCAGCAACACUUUUCUUCGCAUUUGUUGGAUUCGAUGGAGUAGCAACUUUGGGAGAGGAAAUUAGAAAUCCAGGUAAGGAUAUCCCUAUUGGCCUAAUUGGAUCAAUGCUGAUUGUGAUUACAACUUACUGCCUCCUAGCAGUAACGUUAUGCCUCAUGCAGCCAUAUUCUCAAGUUGAUGUUGAUGCACCUUUCACAAUUGCAUUCCAAGCUGUAGGAUUGAAAUGGGCUAAGUAUAUUGUAGCACUUGGCGCACUAAAGGGCAUGACCACAGUUUUACUGGCAAAUGUCAUUGGACAAGCGAGGUAUUUCACUCAUAUUGCUCGAACACACAUGGCUCCUCCAAUUCUUUCUAUCAUCAGCCAAAAAACAGGCACACCAGUGAAUGCCACAGUGGUCAUGACCAUCGCAAACUGCAUUGUUGCAUUUUUCACAAGCCUUGAUGUCCUGGCAAACCUUCUGUCUAUUUCUACCUUGUUCUUGUUCACUCUAGUUUCCAUUGCGCUUAUAGUUAGACGACACUAUGUUUCAGGGGAUACAUCAAAUCCUGAUAGGAACAAACUUAUAUUCUUCUUGGUGUUGAUCCUAUCAUCCUCUAUUGCCACUUCUGUUUGCUGGGGUUUAAAUGUCACUAGCUGGUUUGGUUACGCAAUUACAGUAGGGAUGUGGUUUUUAGCCACACUGGGACUGAACCUGAUGGUUAAGCAGGCAAGAAAACCAAAGGUUUGGGGAGUGCCAUUAGUUCCAUGGGUGCCAUCAGCUAGUGUUGCACUCAAUAUUUUUGUCAUCAGUUCAAUUGAUGGUCCAUCAUUCAUCAGAUUUUCUAUUUGGACAGUGGUUUUGCUUGUGUACUAUUUGCUGGUUGGAUUGCAUGCUUCAUAUGAUGCAGCCAAGGAGUUUGAAGGCAAAGGUGGAACAUCCUCCCAGGCAAACAUUGAAGCUGGUAUAGUAAGAAAUAAUGAGGUUGAAACCACCACAUAG